CUAGCGAAAAGGAAAUUAUUCCUUGGAGUAGUCUACAACAGCUAGCUGCUCCACCUAUAAAAGUCCCUGUCAGGUUUCUUGGGUUUUAGCAUCACACACAAGAGACAUACAAAGACCAUACAUUUUAGAGGAAUUUGUCGAUGGCUGCCAGUUCUUUCCAAGGCAAUGAACGAUAUGAAUUCGAUUGCCAAAUUCUUCAUCAUUAUCUAUCUGGCAAUGGUACAAUCAACAACCAAAAGCUUGUGGAUAUCUUCGUACAUAGAAGUUCCUUUGAGUUCAAGCUCAUUCGUCAAACUUAUGCUGCUCUUUAUGGUCAGAAUGUUCUUCAUCUCUUCUCAAAUAUCCAGAGGAACAAUCCAGUUGCUAGAGCAGCCUACCUUCGCAUGAUUGAACCGCAAGAGCGUGACGCCGAGAUAACUAGGAACUCGCUUUUCGGAGGGAGUGUGAAUCUUAACACUCUCAUUGAGAUUGCAUGCACCCGACCUUCUUCGGAGCUGCAGUGUAUUAAGCAAACCUACCGCUCAAGAUACAAUUCUGAACUUGAGCAAGAUGUCACAGCAAAAGUCAGGGGCGGAUUCAAAGAGAUUCUGCUGGCGGUUUUGAAGUCGUGUCGCAACUGUGGUGGGAGAGUGGACAUGAGCAUGGCCAUGUGCGAUGCCAAGACUCUGUAUGAAGCAGUGGAAAGUGGGAGGACUGUGGACCAGAAGACCAUCAUUUCGCUUUUAAGUCAGCGGAAUUCUGGCCAAGUCAAAGCCAUUCUCGUCUCCUACAAACAGCUAUAUGGCCAUGAAUUCUGCAAGUCGCUGAAACAAAGCAAAUGCGGGCAAUUUGGAAGAGAGGUACGAAUCGUGAUUCGAUGCAUACAAAAUCCUGAAAAGUUCUUUGCCAAACAGCUAAGGAUGAAGAAUGCUGAUGCUCGGGAGAUUUUGAUCCGGAUAGUGAUCACUAGGUCCGAGAUAGAUAUUAAAGACGUUAACAAGGCUUUUGCAGCUAAAACAGGCAGUUCCAUUGAGAAACUUGUGAGAAGGGAUUUCAAUGAUAAUAGUAAAGAUCAUAAGACUAAUAACAUUGUAGCUGAUAUCUUGAUUGGACUAACGAAACGUAGUUGAAAUAUUGAGUUUAUAUAUAUAUACACGGCCACCUAUGCUCGUGUCUAAUGGUUAUACUAUCUAUACACAUCGUCUAUCUAAUAAAGAACAUAAUUUUUGUUGAUGC